AUGACGAUUGUGUGGACGUUCUUCUCAUGUUUCUUUCAUUACAUCUGGCUGACAUAUAACAUCUGUUCCAUUUCCUUCGUCCACCGUUUGCAAAUAUCGCAUGAAAAGACUGCCUAUCUAUCUAUCUAUCUAUCUAUCUAUCUAUCUAUCUAUCUAUCUAUCUAUCUCAGUCUGUUAGCAUCUAUCUAUCUAUCUAUCUAUCUAUCUAUCUAUCUAUCUAUCUCUCAGUCUGUUAGCAUCUAUCUAUCUAUCUAUCUAUCUAUCUAUCUAUCUAUCUAUCUCAGUCUGUUUCUAUCUAUCUAUCUAUCUAUCUAUCACAUCCUGUUUCCUAUCUAUCUAUCUAUCUCUCUCAGUCUGUUAGCAUCUAUCUAUCUAUCUAUCUAUCUAUCUAUCUAUCUAUCUAUCUAUCUAUCUAUCUAUCUAUCUCAGUCUGUUUCCUAUCUAUCUAUCUAUCUAUCUAUCUAUCUAUCUCAGUCUGUUAGCAUCUAUCUAUCUAUCUAUCUAUCUAUCUAUCUAUCUAUCUAUCUAUCUAUCUAUAACAGUCUGUUUCCUAUCUAUCUAUCAUUUAUUUUUAUAAACUUACAUAUAUACACUUCUUUCUAUCUAUCUAUCUAUCUAUCUAUCUAUCUAUCUAUCUAUCUAUCUAUCUAUCUAUCUUUUCAUAUUAGAUUUAUAUUUGCUUCAUAUCGUCUGGUGUCCUUUCUUUUUCUAUCUAUCUAUCUAUCUAUCUAUCUAUCUAUCUAUCUAUCUAUCUUAAUUCACUUCAUUACGCCAACUCAAUCUAUUUAUAAAAUACUCAGUCUCCUCACGUCGCUCCGACAAACUCAAUCUUCGGUCGUCAAAAACACUUUGAUUUUCUCUUUCUCUCUCAAUAUUCAGUAUCUAUCUAUCUAUCUAUCUAUCUAUCUAUCUAUCUAUCUAUCUAUCUAUCUAUCUAUCUAUCUAUCUAGCUAUCUUACCUUGUUUCUAUCUAUCUAUCUAUCUAUCUAUCUAUCUAUCUAUCUAUCUAUCUAUCUAUCUUUGUUUGUUCAUAUAUGCCUAAGUGGCUGUGCAUUCAAGAUCAUUAAUAUUUCAUUUCAUUCCUUCCCUCCUUCCUUCCUUCCUUCAUUCAUUCAUUCCUUCCUUCAGUCAUUCCUUCCCUCCUUCCUUCCCUCCUUCCUUCCCUCCUUCCUUCCUUCCUUCCCUCCUUCCUUCCUUCCUUCAUUCAUUCCUUCCUUCCUUCUUCCCUUACUUCCUUCCUUCCUUCCUUCAUUCAUUCACUCCUUCAUUCCUUUACUUCCUUCCUUCCUUCCUUCCUUCCUUCCUUCCUUCCUUCCUUCCUUCCCCCCUUCCUUCCUUCCUUCCUUCCUUCCUUCAUUCAUUCCUUCCUUCCUUCAGUCAUUCCUUCCUUCCUUCCUUCCUUCCUUCCUUCCUUCCUUCCUUCCUUCCUUCCUUCCUUCCUUCCUUCCUUCAUUCAUUCCUUCCUUCAGUCAUUCCUUCCCUCCUUCCUUCCUCCAUUCCUUCCUUCCUUCAUUCCUUCCUUCCUUCCUUCCUUCGUUGUUCCUUUUGGUGCCAUGUUGUCAUCUUCUUCCUCCGUCGAUCGGGUUUUCUCUUCUUAUUAAUAUGUCUCCGAGUCUGUGUGGGAGGACACCAGCUCCCCGAACAACGCUCCAUCAUGGAAUCAUUGGCAUUGUUGUUACUGAUGCUGCUACUACGACUCUUAGUAUUUUAUUGUUCGACGGUGGCGAUUAUCAUUCGUGUUGGAUUCCCAUAUCUAUCUAUCUAUCUAUCUAUCUAUCUAAAUCUGUCCAUAUCUAUCUAUCUAUCUAUCUAUCUAAAUCUGUUCAUAUCUAUCUAUCUAUCUAUCUAUCUAUCUAUCUAUCUAAAUCUGUUCAUAUCUAUGUAAAUCUGUUCGUAUCUAUCUAUCUAUCUAUCUAUCUAUCUAUCUAUCAGGACACUCAUUGUAUGGUAUCAAUAUACUCUCGACUAAUUGUCAUGGAACUCUGUGCGAUUCCUAACCGGUGGAAGAAAACCCAAAAGUUAAGUUUAGUAAGCAGGUAUCUAUCUAUCUAUCUAUCUAUCUAUCUAUCUAUCUGCUAUUUAUAUGAUAGAUGCUUAGAUAUUUAUUUCAUUUCUAAAAUUUAUAUCUAUCUAUCUAUCUAUCUAUCUGCUCCACUUUGUUCAUAUCGUUUUCUAUCUCGCUCUCGCUUUCACUCUCAAAGUGGACAUACAGGUUUCUUUCAUCAACAAACAUUGGAAUUUGAAGAGAAUAACGUACUUCUUUCUUUCUUUCUUUCUUUCUUUCUUUCUUUUAUCUUUUUUUCUUGCUGCUUUUCUUUCUUUCUGUUUUUUCAAUCUGUCUCAUUUUUUAUUGACACGUUUCUUUCUUUCUUUACAUUACUUAUUUUAUUCUUUCUUUCUUGA